AUCCGACACCGCCCAAUGGGAGGUGGUGACGCGAAGUGGGCGGGGCAGGCGCUGACGCCCCGCCCCUCCCUCUGGGGGCGGGAAGCGCUGAGGCGGCGGCGCCGCCAUUUUGUGCUGAAGCUGCCUCAGGAUGGAGUCGAAAGCCGGACCGGAGCUGCCCGCCGCCCGCCGAGCCCUCAGACCCACCGCCCCGCCACGGAGCGCCGCUCCACGCACCCCUCCGCACCGCUGGCAGCGCUGAGCGGCCUCAUGGAGCACAGCGGACGCGAACGCGCCGGCCCCGGCUUGGCAUGGCCCCGGCUGGGCCUGGCCGCGGCCUGGCCGAAGCUGGCGGCGCCCAGCGCGGCGCCCGCCGGCGGCUCGUCCCAGGCGAGCCCGCCCUUCUCGUGGCUGCGCGCGGUGUCGCAGCUGCUGUCGCCGCUGCCCGCCCUCCUGCAGCGGCUGCUGCCCGGCGCCGCGCUCAGCUCCGCGCUGUGCCCCGCCAAGGCGCCGCCGCCGCUGGUGCUGCUGCCCAGGGCGGACGCCUCGCUGGGCUGGGCCGAGGAGGAGCCCCCGGAGAAGCGGCCGGAGCGCGGCCCGGAGGCGCCGGCGGGGCUGUGGGCAGCAGGGGUGGUGCGGAGCAGCCUGAGGGCUCUUCCCAUGGAUUUGUACGUGCUGGAGCAGGGCAAGAGCCACCUGCCGCAGCCGCUGCGAGCCGAGGGCCUGCCCGAGGUUGAAUUCCUGCGCAGCAAGCGCCUGGCGUUCCUCCAGCGCUGGCACCUGCCCGUGCCCGAGCCCGACCACGGCUACCACAGCCUGGAGGAGGAGCAGCAGCAGCAGCAGCACCGGGGUGUCUGCCGGGACAUUGCGGAGCAGCCCCAGGAUGCGGGGGGACAGCCCGGAGGUGUCCCCGUGGAGCGGGAGCGGCUCCGGGGUGAGGCCGAGCAGGGAGAAGUCUCGGCCGAAGAGGAACGGGAGGACUCGGAAACGGAGCAGAGCUUCCCAAUUUCCUCCAGACCUGUCUGCGCGAAUAAAUUAAUCGAUUAUAUCAUCGGGGGGGUAUCCAGCGGGGAGGAGAGUGAGGGUGAGGAAGACUGGGAUGAUGAUGAUGGUGGUGGUGAUGAAGAGGAUGAUGACGGGUUUGACAGCGAAGAGCUGCCCUCGGACUCAGACGCCGGCAGCCAGGACGGGGAGAGGCUUCACCUGUGGAAUUCCUUCUACAGCUUGGAUCCCUACAACCCUCAGAACUUCACAGCCACCAUCCAGACGUCUUCCAGCGAGCCGGGAAAGGGAAUGUCGGACAUGGAGGAGGAGGAGGAGGAGGAGGAAGACUCGUGGGCAGAGUCCUCGGAGGGCUCUCCCAGUUCCGAGGAGGACGAGUGGGACUGUGAGAGCGUGGACGAGGCGGAAAACUUGAAACUUUGGAACUCGUUCUGUAGCUCGGACGAUCCCUACAACCCUUUAAAUUUCACGGCGGCCUUUCAGACAGCGGAGAAAAAAGGGACGCCGGGUUUGCGAGGGGCGGAGAGGGCGAGCUCUGUCCCCUCGGAGCAUUUCAGCGUGUGUAGGGUCCAGCUGGAACAACACACCUGCGGGAGCACUGAACUGGGGCACAGCAGGGAGAAAACCGCCAGUUCCAAGCGGAAAAAGGUGACAUUCCGGGAGGAGGUGACCGAGUACUACAUCAGCAGCGAGGAGGACCGCCGGGGCCCGUGGGAGGAGCUGGCCCGGGACGGCUGCCGGUUCCAAAAGCGCAUCCAGGAGACCGAGGAGGCCAUCGGCCACUGCCUGAGCCCCGAGCACAGGCUCAGGGUGCUGCACAGGCUCCAGGGCUGCCACCCCCAGCACCUCCCAGCCUGCAAUUUCCCUGACCCUUAAAUUAAUUAAAUCUCAACCGCGAGUGGCAGCUGCAUGUGCUGAAAUGGGGAGGAAAAAAAAAAUGGGAUUGUUGUUUUGGCCCGUUUUUUUCCCCCCAGUUUGAUAUUGAAAUUCUCCUUUUGGUAGCCAGAUAAAAUUCCUGGAGCUGCCCUGAGAAGGGUGCUCUGAUUGCAUUCCUGUUAAUUAGCACUUGACACGACCAGACUGCUUGGGGGUUCAACCCAUUCCCAAAAAAUGCCUUUUCCUGCCAGACCUUGGGAAGUGUGGGGACUGUUCUGUUGGAUUUUUGCACUUUGGAAAAAAAAAAAAAAAAACAAAGCAAAACCUAUUUUGAAGGAAAUAUUUAUGGGGUUCAUUCCCUGGAAUUGCAGUUUUGAUUUAAAAUUCCCUGAGGGAUGUGCAGGUGAGAGUUUUUAUUUGGUUUUUUUUGUGUGUUUCUCCAUUUUUUUCCAGCUUCUCCAAAAGCCUCAUUUUUAAAAAUCUCUUUAGGGAUUUUUUUCCCACUUUUUUUGCUUGGAAUAAUCCAAUAUUUGAGUGUUUUUGAGGUUUGAAUAUUCCAGCCAAGCUUUGAUUUAAAUAAUUAAAUUUGAUUUAAAUAAUUCCCUUUUCCAGGAUUAUUCCAGAGGGUUCUGGCUGCUUGUCCAACAAAUUCCUUGGUUUUUAAGGCAAGGAAAUUCCUCAUCCCAAUUAAUAAUUCAAACUUAAUGAGGCUGUGGAUGAUGCUUGAAUUUAGGGAGGAAAAUUCCUGAAUUAUUUAAUUAACCUUUGCUGUAAUUCUGCUUUGGGAGAGGGAUUGAAGUGAAUUUUUAUAUCCAAUCUGCUGAUCCUGAUAAUUUUCUUAAAUUUAAGGAAAUUAUCUUGGAUUUAAGGAAAUUUAAAGGCAAAAAUUCCUUGUUUUCUUUCCCAAAAAUCAGUAUUAACUCUUUGUGUCUGCACUGGGGUCACCAAAAACAUUUCAGUGAGAGGACAAAACUCUUUAUUUAUGUUCUUAAUUUAAAAUAUUGCAUUAUUUAAUCAAAAUCCUUGAGGGAAAAAGGAGUUUGGAGCUGCAGGUUGGUGUGGGAAUUUUCCAAGCAGGGAAUAAAAAAUGGAAAAAUUCCAAUGUUUGCACAAAGCUGGGUCAAUAAAUCAAUUAUUUGUUCAGCUGGCCAGAAUAAUUUCCAUUGUGUAGAAGAAAAACCUUAAAGUGCUUUAAAUUUACUCUAAAUUCCUUCAGUUUUUAAUUUGGAAGAAAAUUAUUUCUUCCUGCUUUAUCCUAACUUGAAAAUCCCAGAAUUUUUGGAUUUUUCCUUUAUUUUUAUUGCUUCUUUGAGUUGAAAAAUCCUCUUUUUUUUUGUGGUGCAAUUAGAAAAUUCAGGGGGUUAAUUAAAUUAGAGCUGUGUUAAUUCAAAUUCCAGCUGCUUGCCAUCCUAAAAAUUGAAUUUUUUCCUCAAAAAAAAAAUUACAAAUUUGCAUCACCCCCUCAAAUCCUGAGAAAUCCACUUGGAAUUUUGGAGGAUUUUCCCCACCUUGGAUUUGCUUUUUAAUUCAGGGGGGAAAACCAACAAAAAAAAAAAAAAUGGAAUUCCAAGAAGCAAAAAGUGUGGAUUUCUGGAUUUUUCCAUGGAUCUCCCAGCUGGUUUUUCCCACGGCUCUCCCAAUCCCGGGGAUUUUGGGGAUUUUUGGGAUUUUUGGGAUUGUGCUGCUUCAGUUCCUUGUGGACAACUCGGAUUUCUUGGUGCUCAGGAGAGCCUUGGGAGCUCUGGGAAUCCACAGCUGCUCGGAAAAACGGAUCCCAAGGAGGAGCAGCUGCUUCCAGAGGGUGGAAACCUUGGAAAAAAUAAGAUUUUUUUAACAAAAUUCCCACAAAUGAGCUUUUCCCACUUCUCCAACCUCUUUUUUUCCAGCUAUUCCAGCAGGAAAUGGAAUUUAAUUACCACCAAACCCAUCCCUGAACGCCUCAGAGCUCCUUUUUCCCCUUUAAAAUUCCUUAAAAUUCAUGGGAAGCAAAACUUGGAGGGGUGUAAAUCAAAACUGUGAUCUGCAGAUUUUUAUUUUUGUAUCAUUUUGGGGGGGAAAGUUUGGAUUUGGCUUUCUAUGGAUUUUUCCUUGGUUCGUGGCCGCUUUGUUGGGUUUUUUCUACCUAAAAAUUCUAUUUCUGUACAUAAGAAACCAUUCAGGACUAAUCUGUGUGUUGUAAUAAAGAGAUUUGCAAGAUAAA